UCAACAAAGCUCCACCGACCUGUAUAAACCAUAAAUAAAAGGGAAAGAGAUUACUUGAAAGACAAGAAAAGAAAAGAAGAUUAUCACACAGAGUAAACUUGUUCAUCCAGAUUGUUCUUCGAGCGUCGUAUCAACAAUUCAUACGUAACACCAAGAUGGCAACAGAAAAAUCCCAGCUUCCUUCUGCUGCACCUCCAGCCAUGGAUUCAUGUAGAAAGAAGAAAUCUGAUGAUGCAACUUUCUUGCAAGAUGUUAAAGAUCACAUUGAUGAGUUCAUUCAUGCUUCCAUGGAUGAACACAAAACCUGCUUUAAGAAAUCCAUUUCUAAGAUGUUUGGAAUGUCCAAGAUUGUUGCAGAGAGAACUGCUGCAGAGAGUAAGGAAGUUGAGAGCGCAUUGCCUCUUCAAACCAUUGUCACUGAAUAGAGUAUAUCUUUUAACGCACGGGUAGAUACCAUAGUUUUGGAUAUUUUACGCUUCAUGUCAUCAAACCGUGCCUAGAUCUGGCUACUAGAAUAAUGUUUGGUUGGUGAAAUAACUCGUUUAUAACUGAAUUUCCAGUGGAGUUGGUAUAUUUUGAAUACUCGUGUUCAUAUCCUGUUAGGUGAUUAGUAUAUGUUAUUUUAGUGGCAGCUGUACAUUAUGUUUCAAAGAUUAUGUUUGGUAUGUGGAA